UCCAGCCAUCAUUUGCUCGUGCGUUUUUUUUUUUUUAAAUGAAUAUUACAUGUGGUCCCUGGCUGUGGCACUGAUCGUUGGAGUGAGCGCAUUGAGAGGACGGAGGUACCCGGGAUGAGCUCUGCUGGAGAUGAUGGGCUUUCCCUCCGAGACCGCAGCUGCGCGACCACAUCUGUCUCCCCCCGAAACUAAAUAAGAGAGCAAAAGGCAAGAGAUCGCCACAGCUGGGAAGAUGUUUUGCGCCAAGCUGAAAGAGCUGAAGAUAUCCGGAGAGUGUCCGUUCUCCAGCAGCGCCAAAACCAACGAGCCCGGAGACUUUGUGGAGCGCUCAAGUGACGCUUCGGAUUUAAUGCCCAUCGCGAAGGACGUGCACGGAACAUUCAGUCAGAAUGUGCCUCGACAGAAAACAAGCAGAGCCAAAGUUAACCUGCAUACUCUCGGGGAGAGUAUCCGUAAACUGGCAUGUCCAGAGUUUCAAAGACUGCACGCAGCUCUCCAACGAAUGAUGACAGUAAAGGAUCACAACAGGGAGCCUGAGAGUCCAGCAAUUUGCUGCACUCCCCACCAGAGAUGCAGUGGUGAAGCAGAGCAUUUAGUGGAGAUGAUGAAUAGUUACUCAACCAAAACAGCGAUCCCGAUGGAUGCCUUGAAAGUUGCUCUCGGCGAAGAAAUCUUCAAUAUGUGUUACGAGGAGGACAGGCACGUUUUGAGGGUGGUGGGUGGCGCUCUGCACGACUUCCUCAACAGUUUCAAUGUCUUGUUGAAACAGAGCAGCAUGCUGCCCAACCUGGACAGGGAGGAUUGUGUAAACGAACCAUCGGUGCUGUGCUUAGACAAGGAUCCGGGUCUGCUUACUGUCUAUUUCUUCAACCCCUACACAACCACCGAGCUCUUUUUCCCCGGAGUCAUCAAAGCAGCUGCCCGCCUGCUGUACCACAGCUCUGUGGACGUGUUGAAGGACCCCCUCAACACCAGAGACAGCAUCCUACAGUCCAGCCCGCAACCCAGUCUUCUGUACACGGUGGUAGUUAAGGAUGUGAAAACUCUGAGUCCGAGUCCGCUGCGAGCUACCUCAGCAGGGACCCUCCCUACCUCUCUGUUCUCCAUUAUCUUCCCCUUCCACCUGAUACUGGACCAGGAUCUGGUUCUGGUACAAAUAGGACAUGGACUCAGGAAGAGACUCAUCAGGAAGGAUGGACUGAGACGGUCGUCUACUUUCCAAGAACACUUCUCUAUUGUCUCUCCCCAAAUCAAAUGUACCUUUCAAGGUAUUUUGACCAUGCUUAAUGCACAGUUUAUCAUCCGGAUCAAACAUGGAGUCGCAACCACAGAUAACGCGGGGAAGCUUAUGGACCUUAAAGGUCAGAUGAUUUAUGUCUCAGAGUCAAACGCCAUCUUAUUCUUGGGCUCCCCGUGCGUGGACAAGCUGGAGGAGCUAACAGGUCGCGGCCUCUACCUGUCAGACAUCCCCAUUCACAACGCGCUGCGGGACGUCGUCCUGGUUGGAGAGCAGGCCAAAGCCCAGGAUGGUUUGAAAAAGCGACUGGGGAAAGCCAAGGCAGCCUUGGAGCAUGCUCACCAAGCCCUGGAGGAGGAGAAGAAGAAGACGGUGGACCUCCUCUUCUCUAUCUUCCCCGGCACUGUGGCACAACAGUUGUGGCAAGGAGAAACAGUCCAGGCCAAAAAGUUUGAGCAAGUUACAAUGCUCUUCUCCGACAUUGUGGGUUUCACAGCAGUUUGCUCGCGCUGUACACCGAUGCAAGUGAUCACCAUGCUCAAUGAGUUGUACACCAGGUUUGAUCACCAGUGUGGAGAGCUUGAUGUUUAUAAGGUGGAGACUAUCGGUGAUGCUUACUGUGUGGCUGGUGGUUUGCACAAGGAGAGCGAGACUCACGCUGUCCAAAUAGCUCUCAUGGCUUUAAAGAUGAUUGAGCUUUCAGAUGAAGUUAUGACACCAACUGGAGAACCGAUACAGAUGCGUAUAGGCCUCCACAGUGGUUCGGUGCUGGCUGGAGUAGUUGGGGUAAAGAUGCCCCGCUACUGCCUUUUUGGGAACAAUGUUACAUUGGCAAACAAGUUUGAGUCAUGCAGUCAGCCACGGAGAAUCAACAUCAGCCCUACAACCCACAGAUUGCUGAAGGAUCGCCCAGAGUUUGUCUUUGUUCCCAGGAGCAGACAGGAGCUUCCGGCCAACUUCCCAGAGGACAUCCCUGCGGUCACUAUGUAUGGUUUUGUGAAUCACGCCCUGGAGCUGCUCGUAUUGAGGAAUUACGGCCCGGAAGUAUGGGAAGACAUCAAGAGGGAGGCUCAGCUGGACAUCGAGGGUCAGUUCCUUGUUCGGAUCAUCUACGAAGAUGCCAAGACAUAUGAUCUCGUCGCAGCUGCGAGUAAAGUUCUCAAGAUUGAUGCAGGAGACAUCUUGCAGAUGUUCGGGAAGAUGUUUUUUGAAUUUUGCCAGGAGUCAGGAUAUGACACCAUAUUGCGUGUGCUGGGUUCAAAUGUUCGGGAAUUCUUGCAGAAUCUGGAUGCUCUACAUGACCACCUGGGUACCAUUUACCCCGGGAUGAGGGCUCCCUCAUUCCGCUGCACCGAUGCGGAGAAAGGAAACAAUCUGAUUCUUCACUACUACUCAGAGAGAGAAGGCUUGCAAGAUAUUGUGAUUGGCAUCAUUAAAACUGUCGCGCAACAAAUCCACGGAACAGAGAUCGAGAUGAAGGUGAUACAACCAAAAAGCGAAGAGUGCGAUCACAUCAAGUUUCUGAUUGAGGAGAAGGAGUCGGAGGAGGAGGCCUUUUACGAGGAUCUCGAUGGCUUUGAGGAGAACGGCACGCAGGAGACCCGGAUCAGCCCCUACACGUUCUGCAAGGCCUUCCCAUUUCACCUCAUGUUCGACAAGGACCUCAUGCUCACACAGUGUGGGAACGCCAUUUACAGAGUCCUGCCACAGCUCCAGCCUGGUACUUGUAUCCUGCCUUCAGUGUUUUCUUUGGUCCGUCCUCAUAUUGACUUCAGUUUUCAUGGCAUCCUUUCCCACAUCAACACUGUCUUCGUUCUGCGGAGCAAGGAGGGACUGCUUAAUGUGGAGACUGUAGAGAAUGAGGAUGAGCUGACGGGGGUGGAGAUCAGCUGUCUAAGACUGAAAGGGCAGAUGAUUUAUUUGCCAGAGGCAGAGAACAUCCUUUUUCUUUGCUCACCCAGUGUUAUGAACCUGGAUGAUCUAACUCGGCGGGGUCUAUACCUAAGUGACAUCCCUCUGCAUGACGCCACCCGUGACUUGGUACUACUGGGCGAGCAGUUUCGUGAGGAGUACAAGCUUACCCAAGAGCUGGAAAUCUUGACAGAUCGUCUCCAGCACACACUUCGAGCUUUGGAGGAUGAAAAGAAGAAGACUGAUAGAUUGCUCUAUUCUGUUCUGCCACCAUCUGUUGCCAACGAGCUGAGACACAAACGCCCGGUCCCGGCAAAGCGCUAUGACAACGUUACCAUCUUAUUUAGCGGCAUUGUUGGAUUCAACGCUUUCUGCAGCAAGCACGCCUCAGCCGAGGGGGCCAUCAAGAUAGUCAACCUGCUAAAUGAUGUUUACACACGCUUUGACAUCCUGACAGACUCUCGGAAGAACCCAUAUGUAUACAAGGUGGAAACAGUCGGUGAUAAGUACAUGACAGUGAGCGGCCUGCCGGAGCCGUGCACGCACCACGCCAAGUCAAUCUGCCACCUCGCUCUGGACAUGAUGGAGAUCGCCGGACAGGUUAAAGUGGAUGAUGAACCAGUGCAGAUCACAAUUGGUAUCCACACUGGUGAGGUGGUGACCGGGGUGAUUGGCCAGAGGAUGCCCAGAUAUUGCCUUUUUGGAAACACCGUCAACCUGACAAGUCGCACUGAAACGACCGGGGAAAAGGGAAAAAUAAAUGUCUCUGAAUAUACUUACAGGUGUUUGCAGUCCUCUGAGAAUGCAGAUCCUCAGUUUCGUCUGGAGUACCGCGGUCCUGUCACCAUGAAAGGAAAGAAGGAGCCGAUGAAGGUGUGGUUUCUCUCCAGGAAAGUCAACAGCACUGAGUCAGUUAAAGCUUAACGGCUCAACACUAGAUCACUCUUGAGCAUCUUUAACAAACGCUGUAGUUUGUCGCUUACUCGUAACAUUUUUAGGCGAUGAUGAAAAAGAAAUUAUGAAAUUAUAAAAACUAUCCUGAACAUAUAGCUAUUUUUUAAUAUACAGAGAAACUAUUGUUUCAAUGUGCAGCCAGACCUGUACCAAUUCCCGCUGUCUUUCUGUUCACCCAUGAUCCGUCCUGACGUCACUAUUUUUGAUAAUCGUGUUUUGUGAAUAGUUAGGCUGGUACAGUAAUGUUAGAUUUUUUUUUUAGAGGUAGUGUAUUAUAUACAACAACUAUAUGAGACCACUACGAAGGAUUUUGAAAAACAAAACAUUUCUUAAGUGUUUCUGUAAUCAGAGGCUGCCAUAGUAGAGAGAAUAACAACCAAAAGUAACUCCCUAUUGUUAUAUUGAGAGCCUUUUUCUUUUUUUGCAGUCAACAUCAUACAGCACAAUCCAUAAGAGUUUGUUUGAAAAGACUCAGUCAUUUUUUGUAAAAGUUUAUUUAAUUCAUUAUUGAAAGGAAAAAUGAUCACAUGACUCAAAAUGACAUUUGCAUCUAAGAAACCCACUUUUGCUAAUUCAAUAUAAGCAUUUAGAUAUUAAAGCUGAUUUUCUAUUUUUAUACCAGCAUAUUCAUCCACUCUUUGACACAGAAAGUACUUUCCCCAAAAGUGAAAAAGUUGUAAUAGAUGUUAACUAAUAAUGCGAUUUUAAUAAUCAAGAAUCUGUCACUGAGCUUUAGGCAUGUUCAGGCACUGAAUUUAUAUAUUUAAUGCACACUGCCGUCAUUACUCUACUAUUUGUGCUGCUACGAAAAAAUACUAGAGUACUAUUUUUAGUCCAACUGUAUGGUAAAGAGAUCAUUAAGUAUUGACAUAUUUAUUGUUUUGUUCAUGUUGCUUUUUAUUUAUUCUUUUAAUCUUAGACAACUAAAGUUAUUAAAAUGAAACACCCCAAAAAUAAAACCAACUAACCCCUUGAAAACGUCUGUUGAGGUGUGGGAAUCUAUAUUUUCUGUGAAGAACAUGCUUUGCUAUUAAUGCUGAACUUUAAACACAAGUCAAAGCCAGCUUUGAAUUAAAUGCGGGAGCAUUUGUGUCUUUCAACA